AUGCCUCGACAACGGAUAUCUUGGGACGUGUCGAAAGGUUCAUCAGAUCACCUGCGGACGCCAUCAAACUCCGUAGAAACCCUUUGUGGAGACAAAAACAUCGAAAAUGACUGCGUACAGACAGACCUACAAGGCGCAAUCAGCUUCUGGAUUUCUGAAGCAGGAAAGCUUGAGCCAGAGCGCCGUGCACUAUUUCUUAGGGUCUCAAACGCAACCAGCUAUGAGGGCUUCGUAACUGACUUGGCCAAGACGAUCAAGGACACCUCCAAUCUUAGCAAAGUCUCGAGACUUUCGCGGAAAAUGAAGCCGAUAUACCAACUUUCGAAUUCAAUCGCUCCGAUUGUGACUAGCGCCAGUCAAUUUACGCCUAUGCCAGCAUCAUUGGUGCUCGGAGGCAUCACUUGCAUUCUUUCGCUCAGCACUCGCGUCGACGACUUCCAAAGCAAAUUAUUGGAGACUUUGGAAUGGAUGGCUGAUGAGGUAGACCUUAUCAAUGACUACAGACACGAAAGGAUUUUUGACGGCGAUGUAGCAGUUGAAGCUUGCGAGAUCAACUUAGCCGCAGACAUUCUCAAAUUCUGUAUCGAGGUUACUAAGCUAUUCUAUGACGAUAGCGGAAGGCAAAAGAGCAGCUUGGUAUUUGCUCUAAAGGGUCUUUGCAAAGAUUUUGAAGUCCGAUUCGGGGACAUCAAGACAGACUUCAAAUUGCACUUGACGUCACUGGAGAAGAGGAGAAACUUGGUUAAUGCACGAAAACUGCGAUCAGUUCACGUUGGACUUUAUGACAUUGGAAAGAUGCUGAAACGGGAGCAUGAAGACAGAGGCAGAGUUGAUCGGGCAGAAUCAAAGGAACGACGUCGCCGCUUUUUAUACUGGCUUCCGACUUUGGACUUUGGAGAAAUUCAGGAGAACAAUUUUGAGCGUCGGGUACCUGGUUCCGGUGAUUGGCUUUUGGACCAUGCAGAUUUCCAAACUUGGAAAGCGAGCCCCGUCUCAACUUUGCUGUGGAUUCAUGGUAAACCUGGCUCGGGAAAGUCUCAUCUGGCAGCUCGAGUAAUCCACGACCUCAGUCCAUCACCAUCCCAGGCCGACAAGACUGCAGUAACUUUUGCGUAUUGUACCACCACUCAAACCAAGACAAGAAUGACGAUGAACAAUGUCCUUGGAGCCAUUCUUGGGCAGUUGUAUAAACAGCUUCCUAUAACAGAGAGCAUUGAAAUAUUGCUUUCACGCUCAGAUAACAGCAGCAAGGAAGAACCGCAGAGGAGUGAAAUGAAAGAGGGAAUCAGGACGGUUGUUUGUCAAUUGCGUUCAUCUCACAUCGUCAUUGAUGGCCUAGAUGAGUGCAGCCACUUUCCGGAUCAUCAGUUCGAGGAUCUAUGCACCUUUCUCGCCAGUCUAGCUGAGAUCAAAGAUGCGGGGGUCUCAGCACGCAUUCUUGUUCUAAGCCGCCCCGAGUACAAAGAUGUCGAAAGCGCCUUUUCCAUUUACCCGCAGAUCCAGAUGGGAAACGGUGUAAAUGAUGGCGACAUAAAAGCCUACAUAUCGCAGAAAGUUGACGGCAUCAACACGAGCCCAUCUUCAGAGGAACGUGUUGAAUUUGAAACAAUCAAAACAUUGAUGUUCAACAAUUCAGGUGGAAUCUUUCUGUGGGUUCACUUUAAAGCAAAGCACUUCAAAGAAAUUGGAUGUGUCGAGGAUAUCAAAGACGCCCUCAACGAUACUAAAGAAGGCCUUGAUGACCUUUACGGCGAGGAAAUUGGAAAGAUCAUGAGCCAUCCUUCGCGAUUUGUCCGGGAUCGAGCUCUGAGAGCCCUUUUAUGGGUUACUAACUCAUAUCGGUCGCUUUCCAAGGCUGAAUUACUGGAAGCACUGUCCAUGAAGCCGGGGCGAAUGGGGAUCAACCAAUCUCAGAGGCUCCCGCAAGGAAUAUCCAUUAGCACAGAGUGUGCUGACCUGAUUAAUGAGAUCAACGGGGUAUAUCAACUUCGACAUGCCUCCUUGAAAGACUUUCUCUCCUCGCAGCUGCCCACACUUCUCUCUUAUAGUGCCUUCAGCAGCAGGCGCACGCAAUCAUGGCUGAGACAUGUCUUACAUACAUAA